AGAAAGAGAAGCGGAAGAGACGUGGCACAUAAACAGAAGGAGGAAGGAACCAGUUUUACUGAUGACAACCUCUGGAGCCGCCUUCCAUGUGAAUUCAGCAAGAAAGCUUAAAUGACAGGCGUACCACAUCACCUAAAGCGAAAGCGACUCGAUUAAUGUCUGUCUGACAGCAGAUCGCAGGUGGCCAUGGGUCUCUGCAAGUGUCCAAAGAGAAAAGUAACCAAUUUAUUCUGCUUCGAACACCGUGUGAACGUGUGCGAGCAUUGCCUUGUCUCCAACCACAACAAGUGUAUCGUGCAAUCAUAUCUGCAAUGGCUUCAGGACAGUGAUUACAACCCAAACUGUACUCUGUGCAAUAAUCCGCUCACUGCACAGGACACUGUCAGACUGAUCUGCUACGAUGUGUUUCACUGGGCAUGUCUUAAUAACCUGGCAUCUCGACUGCCCCUCCAUACGGCCCCAGCAGGAUACCAGUGUCCUACCUGCCAGGGUCCAGUUUUCCCCCCUACCAACAUGGCCAGCCCAGUUGCUGAUGUGCUGAAAGAACAGCUGUCAUCUGUUAACUGGGCUAGAGCUGGUUUGGGGCUGCCACUGAUUGAGGAGCCUGUCCAGGUCCUUGAUGAGACUGCAUCUAAUGAUGUCACAGAUUAUGCAGACUGGUCAACAUUUGAUUCACAAGAACAAAGCAACAUGUACCCCAGCCAUUCUUACACCAGCAGCGCACCAUCUAAUUACAUCUCACCUCCACAACAGGGAGACAUUGGAGGUCCUCAUAAGAAUGGGGAUCCAAACAUGCAGGAGCACUCUAUGAUCAACUUUACUACUGCCACCGCCGGUGACACUAUCACAAUACACACAGCGUCAUCACCGAGAAAGGUGUAUGACACACGGGACGGUGGUCACAGCUCUGUGACACAGAUCGACUUUGAUGACGACAAGUAUCGGCGGCGACCAGCGUUAAGUUGGUUUGCUCAAAUACUCAAGAACCGCACUGGUGGAAAGCGGAGCUCUCUUUCCUGGAAACAGCGCGUCUUCAUGCUUCUGCUGGUCGGAGUUCUGGGAUUCUUUACGUUGAUAAUCAUCAUGGCUAAACUUGGACGCGCGUCGGCUGGCUCAGACCCAAAUUUAGAUCCUCUUCUUAAUCCCAACAUCCGUGUGGGGAAAAACUGAUGACAUGCAAUGACCCCUUCUUUUUCUCAUGCGUUACACAACGUAUGCCUGUGUAGAAAAGAGCUGAAAAUGGACUACUAUUAUAGGGUUAGCUCACCAGAGGGCGCUGUUUACCCACUGGGAAGAGGCUGUACUUUAUAGUGGAGGCAAUCCCUGAUUUCUCUCUGUUACACAGGGCCGUGGACCUGGGGACGUGACCAAGGCUUGGUGUGUUUUGGCAAAGGAUUUGGUAACUGUUGCUUUGAUAAAGAGGGGGCAGUAUUUGUAUAAUAUUUGUCAGUGAUCUCUCUAAUUUGAUUUUCUCUUUUUUUUUCUUUUUCCUCAAGUUCACUAGAAACUAAACACUGUUGAUGUUGAAAGAACAUCUUAAGCUGGCAGAAAUGCCAGAAUGUAACAAAAAAGCCACUUUUAUGCAGAUGUAAACAGAUUCCAGUUACAGGUUUGUUUUUGAGGGUUGUGAAUUUCUCAUUGAGAAAAUGUUGCCUUCAUAACUGGAGUUGUACCCCACACAUAAUACACAACUAUUUAUAAGUGUCUGCAUUACUCCUGAAAACUGAUUGCUUUGCUUUUAGAUUUUCCAUACAUACUGUGUGUACAUUUUUCCUGAUGUUUUUGACUGGCCAUUAAAUAGAAAUGCUCCAGAAAUGCAGUAUUUUUUUUAAUUUCAUGGUGAUGUAUUCUUCUGCUGUGCGCAGCAAAAAUCAUGCGUGAGCUAUGUUUGAAAUUCCAUUUGUAUAGCUUCAGCGGGGAUAUGUUAUAUUGCACUUUAUAGUGUCUUAUAUCAAACAUAUUUAUUAUCUUAUUGCCCAGUUUUAAUGAAGCUCCUGCUGACUGCUGGUGAUGCAGACCAGUGAUUUUAAGAGUAAAUAACAUCCCACAUAAAUGACAACAUUUCUGGAUGAUUUCUCCAGCCUUCAAAGAGCAGGAAGAAAGGAAAAAAAACAACUGCUGUCACUCCUGCACUCCUGCAGUCUGCAGGAGUGCGUCUUCUCUUCUACAGUAUCUCACUGUGACAAAACACUACAUAUACAGUACAUCUGUUCUAAUAAAUGGUGACUUUGAAA